AUGAACGAGUAUGUCGAAUACGACUGGAGACUGCACCAGAUGCAAAAUGAACGUCUUUGUGACGUGUCUAGGAAAAGAUUAACUGAGGGUGAUAGACAACGUGCUCUGGUUGGCCUCAAAGAAGCCGUCGAUUCGAGUCUCAACUUGGCUCUUCGCGAUAAAAGUAGAUGUCAAGACGACAACUUCUUGCGACGGUUUUUGUACGCGCGAAAACAUGAUGUGCAGCAGAGUUUUGAGUUGCUAGUUCGAUAUCAUCAACAUCGCCGUGAACAUCCCGAGCUAUGGGCUCCUGCAGACGGAGGCGUCUUGCGUGCUCUUGCCGAUGGGUUGCCUGGCGUGCUAACGCAACGUGACCGCCGUGGUCGCUGCGUGCUUCUUAUGUUUGCUUCGAAUUGGACCCCACAUGCUUGUCCACUAAUUUCUGUGUUCAGAGCUCUACUACUAACACUGGAACGUACACUUACAGAAGUACAAAAUCAAGCAAACGGUUAUGUUAUUAUUGUUGAUUGGACAGAGUUUACGUUUAAACAAUCAUGUAGUUUACAAGCAAAAGUUUUAAAAAUGAUGAUCGACUGUUUGCAGGACUGUAUGCCUGUGCGAUUUAAAAGCAUACACUUCAUUGGUCAACCGUGGUAUGUAGAAACCGCGCUUGCAGUAAUUAAGCCUUAUCUUAGGGCGAAAACUCGUGAAAGAAUAAUGUUACAUGGAAACAAUUUGUCUACGCUACACGAUUCAUUGCCAUUGGACAUUUUACCUGCAGAAUUAGGAGGUGAAGGACCCUCCUACAACUCAGAACUAUGGCUUCAGGAAUUUUGUCGCUGUGAAAACAUAGAUUCAAAACCAGUGCCCGUAGUAACCACAACUACACCGGUCGAUAAUGAUCUUCCAGCUGCAAAGCUCGAUAAAGCUUAUAAACAAAAAGAUAGCUCUCACCUCUCAUUUAAUGGAAACGAAAAGAGUGCAAAGUCUGAGCUUCUGCGCGAUAAAGAUUGACUAAGUGUGAUCCAAAAUGGAUGCAUUGGACAGCUAUACCGGACCGCCAUCGGGGCGUGUCGGUUCAUACGUAUGAGUGUGUGCUACGUGCAUGCAUUUUGUGAUAUCAUGUGAAAAAAAUACUAAAUUAUUUAUUUUAGAUUUCGCCAUAAGCCAAAUUCAAAAGUAUCAUUUAUAGGAUAGCAUUACGAUUAUGUACCUACUACAGGAUAUUUGAUAUGGCAUUUGUAGGCAUUCUAAUUAAAUCGAAAUUAAGCCAAUAAAAUCGAGUUAGUCUGGUAUUUGAUGUUUAAAUGACUCAACAAGAUUUGUGAUAGUGGGAGGAAGUUAAACGACUCAUCCCUUGUUCGCACAAAAGAUGUUGCAUGAGCGAAUAUAACGGCUUAAAACUUUUAUUACUAUAGAAAAUGUAUCAUUAUCUUCACUUAUUGUACAUAGUUUGGAAAUUCACCUUUAUAUUUACUGUUUAUUUCCCGACAAUUUUUAUCUGUUACGUAAAAUAUGGCAAUAAAUUGAUGUAAUGAAAAUAGUUAAAUAGACAAUAAAGCUUUUAUAAUUUUGCGAGGCUUCUGACGCAUUUAUUAUUAUUUAAGCUGUAAGUUUUUAUGUGAAUAUAAAAAUGUGUAAAAUAUGUG